AUGAAUGUGGAUUUCCAAACUACUUCAACGAAAUUGUCCAGUCUGCUCUUAUCAAUAGUGACGACUGUUAUAACCGUAGCAACAAUUUUACGUUCUGAGACGUCAUGUGAGCGUUUUCAUUGCAGUUCAGAUAUACUUCCUACACGCAUCGUUGAUCCAUAUCUACGUCCGCGUCCAACAUUUAACUCUCCAUGUUCUUGUCUUCCCGACUGGAACUCAAUGUUUUGCAAUCACACACAAAUAGUUUCCUCACGACUAGGACAUAUUCUUCCUGAAAUGCCAACCAUAUGCAUAUGCAGAAAAUUCGUUGACAGUGGUAGUAAAUGCCAGCAGUUUAUUACGAGAUGCUUCAACCGAGGAAACAAAAAGUGCACUUGCUGUUUCAAUCAGCCUGAUGCUUAUUGUGAUCACCUGACAUGCAAAGAAGGAGAACCAGAAUUCAGUUCUUCGAAUACCAGCUGUGUGUGCCAUCACAACCCCAUUGACUACCCGUACCAUAUCUGCAAUUCAUUGUACAACCAAAAUGGACCUGAUCAUUUAGAAGCCACACAGGAACGGCAUUCGCUGUCAGAUGACGAAGGACAUCAGGUAAGCUCUAUCGAUCUUAGAAAACUCGGCACAGAGAAAACUUCUGCGUUCAGAAAAACCAGGUCCGCUAGAUUCUUUUCGAUUCAGACAAUAAUUUUUAUCGGAAGUUUUUUGCUCUAUUAA